UCGCCAACCUUAAUCGUUUCACGCGCGGGCAUCCAUACUGUCGCGCAUUUUGGUCAAGAAAGACUUGGAAACCACAGCAUCUUGGCUUCCAGAAACACACCACCUCUUUAGGGGCCCCCUAAUUCGACGCGUCGACGCGCUUUCAGCGCAGAAGCAACUGCACAAACACCGCCACUAUGCCUUGCAAAACUAGGAACAUGGACUCGGAAGAGAGGGCCGCCGCGGCUCACGUGCUCGAGAUGAAACACCAGCAACACAUCCACAAAGCACAGCUCAUUGUCAAAGAGGAAGACACGCGAAGACAGAAGGUCACAAAACAAGUCCUUCUCGACGAGAACGCGACAUUACGCGAGCAGCUUGCCGAAAGGGAGGCGCAAAUUAACCAGUUGUCCGACAAGUUCGACCAAACGCGCAGUGACCUCGAAUCACUACAAGCGACAAAUCGCGACCAAGACACGCAGCUCAAGGCUCAGAAGAGGGAAUUUGGUCACAUCAAGGCCGAACUCGAAUCUCUCAAUAGCCUGUCUCAAGAUUCUACGAAAGUGCUAGCAGAGAAGCUUGCUCUCUCUCGGGAGGUGAAUGCCAUGAAGCCUGAACUGGAGCACCUACGGUCACAAGUCGCCCACCAGCAAAAUGUCAUCGCCGAGAAACUGGAACUAGAGCGUCAGCUAAAUAUGGCUGAAGUAGAGUUGGCUGCCGAGAAACGAGCACGAGAACAGCAGACGGCACAAGCGGAGGGCGACAAAUCAGCCGAAGACGAACUGCGGCAUAGACUCAAGGACGCCGAGAAGAAGCUGACGACGGAAAGGCGUGAAAAGGAACAAUUGCAGGAAGAGCUUGAGACUGCUGUCUCAGCCGCAAAGGCCGGACAAGAGAACAAGAAGGCGAAACGGGAAUCGACUCAAAAGAUCCAAGAGAUGGAGAAGAUGCUUUCCAUCGAGAGGCGGGAGCGAGAAAAGCUACGAAAGGAGCAUGAUAUGGCUCUAUCCGAGGCCCAGACACAGAAAGAGAUGCUCGAACAGCGCCUAGACACAGUCAAGUCCAAGUUGCGCAACGCCCAGGAAGAGUUGAAGGCAGUGCGUGCGGAGUUGGUUGCUCGACCGGCAGCUAUACCGAGUGCACAGCUUCCUGCGCGUGCGGGAGGCGUGAAGGCGCAGGCCGGCAAGAAGCGAAGAGUUGAAGAGGUCACCAUGAACGACAUGAGCCUUGGUACGCCAGAAGACAUCACUCGCGGUAGGCGCCCUGCUAAGAAGAAGGGCCUUGAGCAAACGAUGUUAGGCGAGAAGUCGCUGUUCUCCAUCACUCCUUUCCUGGCCAAGUCGAAGACGCUCAAUGUCGAGGAUGCAGUCGCCGAAGAGGAUGAGGAAGCUGAUGUCAGCUAUAUCCCUCUAUCCCACCAAUCUCAUUCGCAAGAGGUCGAGGUGAAUGCUGGGGCCGAUGUGGAGAUUGAGGAUGCGCCGGAACAAUUGGAGGAGCUUGAAGAGCACGAAGAGUCCGCGGAUAAACCUGCUCUCACCAAGACGACGAAAGCAAAGCCGAAAUCCAAGACCGAUGGUGAAUCGAAGAAGCCUCGUGGCCGACCAAAGAAGGCCUUGACAGAAACAUCACCAAACGUGUCUGUGCAAGGGGUCUCAUCUGCGGUCAACAAACCUCAUAAUACAUCAAGUGCUCCUCUUGAGCAGGUGUUAGAGGAGCCUAACGCUGACGAGCCAGAGAACGUGGCUCCUGCAAAGGUUGUAGCUGCUGGCAAGGACGAACAGGAAGUCAAGAAGAAGAAGCGCAAGCUGGGUGGUGAAUCAGCAACGCUCUUUGAUGAUGACGAUGGCGAGGUACCUCCCGCUGCUACCAAGCGGCCUGGCAAGGUUGGUUUGGGUGCCGGCAGAGCUCUCGGCAAGACUCACCUUAGCAUGGUGCGAAACGCUGGUGCUUUUGGCAAGAAGUCAUUCUCGCCGCUCAAGAAGGACAGAAGGGGAGUGAGUGCCAGCUUCCUGGCGUGAGUGGCUCUGAAUCAUUGUGUUUUCUAGCGAAGAAUGCUUUACCUCAGGAUUUCAGCUCAAUAGGAGGAGUCAAAAGGGGCAAUGCAUUGGCGGCGUUUUGGGUCUGUUGUUUCUACGCGCAGGGUUGGCUAGUUGUUGAGGUUUCUGUAAAGAUACGGUAGUGUUUUGUAGUGUUUUCCAAACACACAAUGAAGAGGCCUGAUGCGGCCGUUCUGCCAAACAAAUGCGCCCUUUUCAUUAGUUCUUGUUGCAAAUAUCCGUGUAGUGAAGGCUGCCUUGAAUUGUGCCUAAU